GUUCCUCGAGUUUAUUUCAACAGUCACUUGCCCAGGUCGUGCGAAAGCUCGCACUUCCCCUUCCGAUGUGUUUCCACCUGCCUCUCUGUAGCGUGCACCUUGGCAAGAAACAGAAUUCCAGAAUCAUCCGGGGAGUACAACUAAGGGGUAUGAAUCGUGUUUUUUAAAUGUUAAAAAGGAAAAUACGACUGAGGGUCGAUGAAAGUGACUUCCCUUCCCAACCGUCACCUGCUCUGCCCAGGCCCGGCGCGGCAGAGUGAGCGAACAACGGCGGAAGAGAAAAUGUUCCACCACGACCGCUCGCAGGACGAGCCGGCCCGCCAGGUCCGGAACUAGGCGGCUACGGGGCGUUGGCCCCUCCUCGUGACGUCACCACGUCGGGCGCGUGACAAACGUCUCUUUCGCACGGCAACAGGAACUAGGCUGGGUCUCGCGUCUGAUCCCAAAAGCCUCGCGAGGGUUGGGGCGGUGCUCUCCCGGAGGGCGUCACAGCGGCCGGGCGUGGGGUCCGGGUGCCGGGCUAGCGGCGGAGCUGGGAGAUGGCGUCCGGAGGGGUUCGCUGGCUGGCAUUGGCAUCCUUGCGAUCCGGAGCUUUCCGGAGCGGGCCGAGCUUGAGGAAAGAUGGUGGUGAUGUCUCCGCCGGAGGAGGUGGCGCAGGUCGGAGCCUGGUACCGUCGAGGUCAGUCAUCGUUACUCGCAGCGGCGCCAUUUUGCCCAAACCGGUGAAAAUGUCCUUCGGCCUUCUCCGUGUGUUCUCCAUCGUGAUCCCCUUUCUCUAUGUGGGGACGCUCAUUAGCAAGAACUUUGCUGCUCUACUUGAGGAGCACGACAUUUUUGUCCCAGAGGAUGACGACGACGAUGACUAACAGGACAUGGAGGAAGUCCAGAAAGGAGACAGCCCUGACUUAAUUAUGAUGUGGUGAUGCUCACAGCCUCUCCUCCUGCCCUGUCCGAAGGGCGCAGGGAAAGCCCUCAGCCUCCCAACUCCAGUGAAGCCUCCUGCAUCAUCUGUGACCGCAGCCCAGAUCCCCAGGCCCUGGGACAUUUCCACACAUGUGCUGUCCACUGAGCACAAUCAGCUUAUGAAUAAACACGUUAAACAUCA